CUAACUCUGACACGUCUUUCCUACUGUUUUAUGGCAAUUAUUUAGGAGAUUCGUUGAACUAACAAGAUAGCUAGACAACAACACACUAGGAUAAAGACUUGGAGACAGAAUGGCAUCAGAAUCUCCGCGCAGACCAAGCCGCUGUGCUGGAGGGGUUGUGGUGCGAGCACAAGCUGCCACUGAGCAGUCGUAUAUGGAGAGUGUUGUGACCUUCCUCCAAGAUGUGGUCCCUCAGGCAUACACUGGCGCACCCCCAACUGAUGAAAAAGAGAAAAUAGUUUGGGUCAGAUUUGAGAAAGCUGACAUCAAUGAUAUGUCCCGCUCCCCAGAGUUCCUGGAGAUGCACAGUGGCAGCAGUGACCCUCCCCUCUGCCUCAUGAUUGGUUAUGCAGACGGGAUGCAGAUCUGGAGCAUAUCCCUGGGUGGGGAGGCCCAGGAGCUUUUCUCUGUGCGCCACGGACCUGUGAGAGCUGCCCACAUCCUGCCAGCGCCCCAUAUCAGUCUGCUGAUGAUUGAUAGUUUUGCGGACAAAAGGCCUCUCCUGGGGGUGUGCAAGAGUACCGGGUCCUCAGGGACCAGCCCCCCAUACUGCUGUGUGGACCUGUACUCUCUGAGGACAGGGGAGAUGGUCAAGUCCAUCCAGUUCAAGACGCCCAUCUACGACCUGCACUGCAAUAGGGAGAUUCUAGUUGUCGCCCUGCAGGAGAAGAUUGCUGCAUUCGAUAGCUGUACCUUCACCAAAAAGUUCUUUGUUACAAGCUGCUUUCCAUGUCCGGGCCCCAACCUAAACCCCAUAGCACUGGGAGGACGCUGGCUAGCCUACGCUGAGAAUAAGUUGAUCCGGUGUCACCAGUCUCGAGGCGGUGCCUGCGGGGACAAUGCCCAGUCUUACACAGCUACAGUCAUCAGCGCUGCUAAAACCCUAAAGACUGGUCUCACCAUGGUGGGGAAGGUGGUGACCCAGCUAGCUGGUACUCUACCCACUGGCGCCCCCGACGAGGAGGGUGCUACCCCCCACAGCACCACCCGCCGAAGCCCCCAUGCCCCCGGAGUAAUCACCGUCAUUGACACACACAAUGUGGGAGAGGGACAGGUCCUGGUGAGUGAGGACUCAGAUGGAGAGGGAGUGGUGGCCCACUUCCCAGCCCAUGACAAACCCAUAUCCUGCAUGGAAUUCAACCCCAGCGGUAUGCUGCUGGUGACUGCAGACACCCUGGGCCAUGACUUCCAUGUGUUCCAGGUCCUCACACACCCCUGGGCCUCCAACCAGUCUGCUGUCCACCACCUCUACACACUGCACCGUGGAGAGACUGAGGCCAAGGUCCAGGACAUCUGUUUCAGCCAGGACAGUCGCUGGGUGGUGAUCAGCACACUGCGUGGCACCUCCCACGUCUUUCCCAUCAACCCCUACGGUGGUGCGCCUUGCACCCGCACUCACAUGUCCCCCCGCGUGGUCAACCGCAUGUCCCGCUUCCAGAAGAGUGCAGGGCUGGAGGAGAUAGAGAAUGAACUGAACAGCAAGCAGGCUGGAGGAGGGAGAUGCAGCCCCAUCCCUGGGCUCUCCAGCAGCCCAUCGGGGUCCCCACUACACGGAGCAAAAUGCAGAAAGAAAAGAGAAAAUAGAGCUAAACUCACCAGCCAGGAGUCGUACAACAACUUCACCAACAACAACAUGGGUAACCCUCGUCUGUCCCCUCUGCCCAGCCUCACCAUAGUGCUGCCCCUGGCACAGAUCAAACAGCCCAUGACCCUGGGCACCAUGACCAAGCGCUCUGGACCUUACCUCUUUGGGGCAGGAUGUUUUGCCAUUAAAACUCCAUGCAAAGCCAAGCCUCCCCCUCAGAUCUCCCCCAGUAAGUCCAGUGGAGGAGAGUUCUGUGUGGCUGCUGUCUUUGCUGCCUCACGCUCAUGGUACAUGACCAACCCCAACAUGAAGAGAGAGAAAGACCAGUCCAGCCGGUCAGUGGUGGAGUCCCUCUACAUCCUCAGUUGCAAUGGCACCCUGGUGGAGCACGUCCUGGAGCCUCGGCCAAUCAGCACGGCCCAGAAGAUCAGCGAUGACACACCCCUGGAGCUCAACACAUGUCCACGGGCCUGCUGGAGCCUGGCCAGAAAGGAGCAGCCUUGUAAAGUCGAACUUCUGCUUUAUGGCCUGGGCCAGCACUCCUGUGGAUAUGAAAUUCCAGGGAGAACGCCAGGGGAGUCGGUCUGUGUCCCGGCCCAGGGAGAACGCCAGGGGAGUGGGUCUGUGUCCUGGCCCAGGGAGAACGCCAGGGGGGUGGGUCUGUGUCCCGGCCCAGGGAGAACGCCAGGGGAGUGGGUCUGUGUCCCGGCCCAGGGAGAACGCCAGGGGAGUGGGUCUGUGUCCUGGCCCAGGGAGAACGCCAGGGGAGUGGGUCUGUGUCCCGGCCCAGGGAGAACGCCAGGGGAGUGGGUCUGUGUCCCGGCCCAGGGAGAACGCCAGGGGAGUGGGUCUGUGUCCCGGCCCAGGGAGAACGCCAGGGGAGUGGGUCUGUGUCCCGGCCCAGGGAGAACGCCAGGGGAGUGGGUCUGUGUCCCGGCCCAGGGAGAACGCCAGGGAGGGGGUCUGUGUCCCGGCCCAGGGGAGUGGGUCUGUGUCCUGGCCCAGGGAGUGGGUCUGUGUCCUGGCCCAGGGGAGUGGGUCUGUGUCCCGGCCCAGGGGAGUGGGUCUGUGUCCCGGCCCAGGGGAGUGGGUCUGUGUCCCGGCCCAGGGGAGUGGGUCUGUGUCCUGGCCCAGGGGAGUGGGUCUGUGUCCCGGCCCAGGGGAUGUGAGCAUGGUGUGAGUGGAAGCAGAGCCCAGGUCUGGUCUUCAUCACAGAGAACUGCCCAGGGCCAGACCUUCUACCAACACCAGCAGCCCAGGGGUGGGUGA